AGUCAGAUGACGUUGCUCUGAGGUCACACUCCGGGUCAACGUAAGGAGUAAACGCGCGUGCGUGGCGCUCGUUUGACGCCCGGAGAAAGGGAGAAAGAGAGAGAGAAAGAGAGUCUGAGUUUCGGGUGAGGAGGGGGUGAGGAGGAGGAGAAGGAGGUUUCGAGGUUUUCCUCAGUGCUCGCACGCGCUGGGCUUGCUGAAAGACGCACGAGGCUGCUGCUGGAGUGGAUCUAACCGGCGGGAGACGCGCGUGCCGUUACGCACCGGGCAGCUCCGGUGUGUGUCUGUGUGUGUGUGACGAAGAGGAGGAAGAGUAGCGGACAGAGUCACAUUGAGCCCGGAAAGUUGGAGUACAGCUGCGGAGUGAUCGGGGGCAGCUGAUGUUCUGCACCGAGGACAGAGCUCCAUCUCCGGGAGAGCCGCUCCGGAGCAUGCGCUCCUGCCCGGACUCCCACUCUUCUUCGUCUUCUUCUGCGUCCCUGCCGGGGCUGCUGUGAGCCCAGGAGGGCGGGGUGGGAGCGGGGGUCCCACCGUGUCCGGGGUUCGUGCUCGCGCCACUAUGUCGGUGGCAGUCCGCGCGAUGUGCGGAGAGAUUGAGUGAGAGACCCCGACGCUCAGAGCGAGAAAACCAUGACUUCCUGUGGGAUUACAGCAGCACGCGACAUGAUCCUAAUCGGCAUCGUCUGCCUGCUACUCGUGCUCGAUGUGUGCGUUUGUGACUCGGAGCUCGGUGCCCCUGGCUGGAGGGAACCUCUGGACUGUGUCCGAGCCUCCGAGCUGUGCAACCAGAACAGCCAGUGCAGCUCGCGUUACCGGAUCAUGCGCCAGUGCCUGUCGGGUGGGGACAAGGAGCGCAGCGCCAUGCUGGCCUCCAAGGAGUGCCAGGGGGCGCUGGAGGUGCUGCAGGACUCGCCGCUCUAUGACUGCCGCUGCAAGAGAGGCAUGAAGAAGGAGCUGCAGUGCCUGCAGAACUACUGGAGCAUCCACAUGGGCCUGACUGAGGGGGAGGAGUUUUAUGAGACGUCUCCAUACGAGCCGAUCCACUUCUCUGAGGAAUUCAGACAUGCCUCCAUCAUCUCAGAUUCAUCUCUGACCAAGAUGAGCCCCUGCUCCGAGGCAGGGAAACCCUGUAACCCCUGUCUGGAUGCGGCGAAGGCUUGUAACCUUAACGAGACGUGUAAACGUCUCCGAUCUGCCUAUAACUCCAUCUGCAGCAAGACCACGCCCCCGCAGCCCUCUGUGGGCUAUCAGGAGCCGUGUAGCAGGAAGCGGUGUCAGAAGGCCCUGCGACAGUUUUUCGAGCGGGUGUCAUGGGAGCUGAGCUACCCCCUGCUGUUCUGCUCGUGCCCGGACCAGGCGUGUGCUGAGCGUCGCCGUCGCACCAUUGUCCCGUCCUGCUCACACCAGGAGAGGCACAAAGCCAGCUGUCUGGAGCUGCGGCGCACCUGCCGCUCGGACGCCCUGUGCAGGUCUCGGCUCGCUGAUUUCCACAUGAACUGCCAGGUGACACCUCACACCGUCACCACCUGCCCUCACGAUAACUACCACGGCUGCCUCAUGUCCUAUGUCGGCCUCAUUGGCUCGGAUGUAACGCCAAACUACAGCGACAGCAGCCCAUCCAACAUCACUAUGAGCCUGUGGUGCACCUGCAGGGGCACCGGCCACCAGGAGCACGAGUGUGAAGCUUUCCACCGCGAUUUCACACACAACACCUGCCUCAAAAAUGCCAUCCAGUCAUUUGGUUACAGCUCGGAGGGAGGGACUCUUCUCGUAACCGAGCCGUCAUCCACUUUCCUGCCCCCUGCCGGGCCUCCAGUCAUCGCCAAACCUGCUCCCUCUCUGCACGGAAAUGCAAUCAAACCCCUGGACAGUGCUUGUAUGUUUUCCACUUGUGCGAACCUGCAGGAUGGAGGACAGAAGUGCAUCCCCUCUGAUGACUUCGAGUGCGAGGAGGCUCUGUUGGCCCAGGGCUCGAUAGACUCUCAGGACUCUGCAGGGCCCAGAAGCAGCAGCCGGCCAUCAGCUCCGCUCCUCCACCUCCUCCCUGUGACUGUGUGUGUGUCCAUCCUGCCAGCAUUCCUGCUCCACGUCUCAUAAAUGUGAACUAGCAUACACACAUACAUGCCCACACACACAUUUACACACACACACACACACACACACACACACACACACACACACACACACACACACACACUCCUAAAUGUCAGCCAGCAGACGUCCAGCAUCAACAACUGCCUUUCAGAGGAGGAGGGAAGUUAUUCUGGAGGACGUUCGGAUUAGCCAGCUCUCUGCACCACACACACGGUGCACACACACCGUGAGAGGGUGUGUUAUGUGUUUGAGCGAGGGUGAGAAUAAGAGAGGCAGACACAGAGAGACUCCUGGGAUUUUCGAUCACAUUGACUUCGUUUCCAAAGCUCCGUGUCUGCAGAGUUUGUGUGCAGCCCGGCUCAGACUCACUGCCUCCAGCUUUCUGGGAUCCAAGACAGCUGGGCUCAGAAACACAGGGACUUUGGCUCAAGCUUGAAACUACACACACACGCACACGCACAGAAACACACACACACACACACACACUCACACGGAGAACAAGUCUUAAAGUUGGCAGCGUGAUGGUGAGAGAGACGACAGAGCUGGACAGAUCAUUCCUCUGUGUUUGUCAGCUCAAUUUAUCACUUCCCUGGACCUCUCUGGUGGCAAGAAAGCUAUACUGCAUACAUACAAACGCACACGCUGUAACCCUCCCCUUAGACCUCGUUAGCGGGCAAACAGGGUCCCCACAAGGACACAAACACUCAUGCUGUACACCAGUGUGCUUUUCGCAGGUCUUUCUCUUCAUUUUGUUGUCGACAUUCUGUAAAAACUUCAUUUAAUGUGGAAUAUGAAAAAAGAGUGUAUAUUUCACAAAUGUAAGUGUAAAAUUGUGCGAGUGUGUGUGUGUUUGUGCAUGAGUGUCGGUGGCUGAAUGUGGAUGUACAGACAUGUGGAAGCAAACAAAGGAAGAAGGACUCAGCUGCAGGACACACAGCGAUGUGUGUGUACUCUCAACCAAACAAAUUUUUAAUUUCAGACUCUUAAAUUUGGGAGUUUUAGGUUUUUUCCUCCUCUUGUCUUGAUUGGUUGUAGGUGUAUUGCUAACAAAGCUACAGCUGUUUGGUAUGGUAUUAGACCACUGAGCCCCUGUCAGUUUAACACAGUCUCAGUUUAAAUGGGUGCUGCUGGUGCUGCAGUUACAGCAGAGCAGACAGUGGUGGUGGACACAGAACCACCAAAGUUAUAGAGACCAGCGCGAUGAGACGGGGAACAAUGCUGUGACCGCUCACAGUCAGAUCCAACUUUGGAGCAACUUUGGAGCACCAACACAGCAAUACGGCCUGCUUGGCAAUUAAAUGCAAGCUGUUCCUAAUAAUACGGCAAAAAACCAUGUUGGUGUCUUCAGUCACACAGUCCAGCCUGAACCUCAGCGGCCUGAAACAGAAAUUCCUCAAUAAAGAGUGACGUCGUUUCUGCACGACAGUGCUAAAUCUGCAGAACUGGUUUUUCUAUAAGAAUAGAACCAGAGACCUGCCCAUCGAGUCAUGUCUGCUACACAAAGACGAGCCACUCUGUUCAGCACAGAUGGACUCAGGUUAGAAAUGCCAGUGAGAGUGACUGCAGUCUGGGGCGAAGCACAGUUGUUGGGUUGUGUCCCACCAGACUGGUCGUCAGUGCUCGCCGCUUCACUGCAUUUUUUCCAGGUUAAAAGAAAAAUCUCGACUGUCAGCUGUGAAGUUUGAGACUCAGAUUUCAUUAGUGAAGUUUACCUUGUUUUUGGAUCCCGUUGAUUUGGGUUAGGGGAACAGAUAAAAGUCCGUCCUUUGUGAUGAAAGUCGGACCUGCAUUCACUUGCUCAUUAGAAUAUUUGGAGAUUUGAGUUGUACUUCUUCACACACGCAGCGGGCUGUUGAAAAAGGUGAUUAAGAGCAGAAUUGGCAGGGAAAAUGUUUACUCCCUCCUUACUCCCAGAGUCUCUGUUGUAUAGCUACUGAGCUUCCUCACACAGUUUCUGGAUGAUCACCAGCUAUGCUCGCACUAUCAGAAAAAGUGACUCCCACCACCCGUUACAGCUGCAGAGUCUCAGGCAGCUGGGUGGCAGCUGACACCUGACAUAUUCACAGCAGCUUUAUGUCUGCUGAGCUCAGCGGUUUCAAAUGUACCGUCUCCAAGAUGCACCAAAGACUCAACUAUAUUCAUACCUGUAUGAAACCAUCCUCUGUCCUGGCAGCUCUUGGGGCUGUUGACAAAGGCUCUUCAGUUCAGAGCAUAAAAGUUGUUUGUAUUCUUACGCUGCUUCUUAUCAUCACCGGUUCAAACACGAUCAUAUGAAGUGGUACCUGCUUCAGAGUCACCGUGUUUCAAAGUAGGCCACAUUUCUUUUGGAUCUAUGUUUAGCUUCCAGACGCCGAGUGCACUUCCUUGGCACCAUGUUAGCAGGUGAUGCUAUUGGGCUGUCGUCACUUCCUCUGGUAGCGGCUUCAGUCACUUAGAAUGGAGAAAAGCUGAACUUAUCACUAGCUCACCUCGAGGAGCUGUUUCCUCUAUCGUCCCUACAAGUUGGUCGAUUUCAUUUCACUGUAGGUUUUUUCUCUUUUUAGCCUAAAAGCACAAAAACAUGUAAAACUGCUUCAACUAUCCAAGAGCAGCCGCCUCAGGGGCGUUUAUACUGUAAGACCCUGCAAUUAGACAGAAGCUCUCGGCAACAGUGGGGAAGAAAAACUCCCUUCUGAGAGAAUGAAACUUCCAAGAGAACUAGGUGACUGAAAACAUCAAUAAUUCAAGGAAAUGAUUUGUCACUAGCGUUAGCGUGUUAAAGGGCAGGUCACUGUUUCCAGCAGACUGGCUCAGGUUCUUCUGCAGUCAGCCCAAAAAAACACGUGUACAGCUGGAUACACAAACUGUUUGGUCUCUAUAGAUAAUUUCCCCUUCAUAAUAACUCUUUAUGAUUCACCUGUUUAAAUUGUAUUAAAGUUUACAUUAUUGGGGGCGUGGCCUCUGACUGACAGGUGGAUGGCAUACAGCUGUUUGUAACAUCUGGAUCACUUCCUCCUGCAUUUGCUUCCCUUAAUGUGUUUAAUAUGUGAGUGUGUGUGGGGUUCUCAGUGUGUACGGUACCUCUGGCCACUCUGUGGGGUAUUUUUUAUGUUUCAUAGAAGCUACCAGGAUGCGGAACAUGAACUGUUGUGCAGCAAGGUUGUCACCAGUCGAAGCUCGAGGUAGUCGUCACUUUGUGCCAUCCGUGAGCUGGAAGACCUGAGAUCAGUUCCAGAGGCGCUGGUGCGUCCUUACUUUAGUGUGAUUAUUACUGUCGUCCCUGCUAGCGGUCAGGAAAACGUAUUACCGUGUCCGUGAAGGGUCAUUACACAAUUGUCCAAAUCAGUGAGAUUGCUAUUAAAUUUGUUGUAAACAUUGUGAUAUUUCCCCUCGGGCUUUCAGCAGCAUCAUUAUUAAGACAGAUUUGUUUUUGUGUCUGAAAAUGGACGAUGAAGUCAUAUAUUUCUAAUCACCUCGGCCUUCCACUUGUUCAGUAAUCAUGUUGCUUUUUUCAUCUACUUUUAUUCCAGGAGCAUUUUUCCCUGGAGUUUCUCACCGGCAUCAUCCAGACACCUUUUCUCUCUUAAAAUGUGAAUAAAAAUGUGAUUUUCAUUAAACUCAGUGUUAACGUAACGCUAGCUGUUCAUGAUGCCCUGCACAUCAGGAUCCUGAGUGUUUCAUUAGCAGUGUGAACAUUCAUGGUCCCCAGAGGGGCAGUUCAUCCCUCCACUGCCUUAGUGCUGCUGAAGCUUCAGGUUUUAUUUCAGAAUUAAAGUGCUAGUGUCGAGAUAGUGCAGAACUUUAUAAAUAACAAAAAUAUUAAAAUCAAUUUCCAUAACUUUACUGUAACUUUUCAUGAUCCCCAGAGGAUGAUCUCUAGCAGGCUUGAUGGUCCCCUGAAGGUUUUACAAGCACCAUCAACAUGAAAACAUUCGAUUUCAGCAGCACACAAAUCACAAAAUUAUCUGUUUAAUGGUAGAAGAAUUCAAAUUUUGGGAGAAAAAUAUUUGAAAUGAAUGGCAGAAAUGUCACAAUGCAAUAUUUACAGUAACUUCUGUUUUUGUUGGCAGGCAAGUUUAUUUUUCACAUUUGUACUUAAUUUCCCUCCUGUAUAAAUGUGGUUAUCUCCAAAGAAUAGGAUGGUAUCGUCAGCAAAAACUAAAAUUAAAACAAAUCACUGACGCAAGUGUAAAAUUUAAGUUUUUUUAAUUUAAGUCCAACGAUCGAUCCCUGUGGAACACCAUGAUAUCUGAUUCAUAACAAUUCAUUCAUUACUAAUUGUAUUUGAAAACGAAGAACUGUUAGUUCAGGAUGGAUGUCUGAUUUUACAUUGGUGUUGAAGAUGACUGAACAGGGCUUUGUGCUGGUACGACCGUGUAAAAGAAAGAGUAAAAUGAGGACAAAGGUGACGGCGAGGAAGGUUGUAAAUUUGCUGAUCUAUUUGUAAACUUUAACAGCGCUCAGCAGCGUAAUGAAAUAUGUGUCUGGAAAUAAAAGUAACAUCUGU